GCUGCGCUCUGCUCACAGCCUCCCUUCCGCCCCGGCCCCAGCGCCGGGCCGCUCAGCGCUCCGCUGACCGGGAGCCCGGGGCCGCCGCCUCCUCCUCAAGCGCCGCCUCAGCCGCCGCCGAGCGGGACCGCCCGCGGGGCCAGGCCCUUCCGUCGUUCCAGAAACAUGGGGUCGGAAGUGCCGAGCCCGCAGAACCCUGGAUGCAAGAUUAUGACCUUUCGUCCCACCCUGGAGGAGUUCCGGGACUUCGGGAAGUACAUUGCUUACAUGGAAUCACAAGGAGCUCACCGAGCAGGGCUGGCCAAGGUGAUUCCUCCCAAGGAAUGGAAGCCUCGGAAAACCUAUGAUGACAUAGAUGACAUGAUUAUCCCGGCUCCUAUUCAGCAGGUUGUUACUGGGCAGUCGGGGUUGUUCACCCAGUAUAAUAUACAGAAGAAACCGAUGACUGUGGGAGAGUACCGGCGUCUGGCUAACAGCGAGAAGUACUGUACUCCACGCCAUCAAGAUUUUGAAGACUUGGAGCGCAAAUACUGGAAGAAUCUCACGUUUGUCUCACCAAUUUAUGGGGCUGAUAUCAGUGGUUCACUGUAUGAUGCCGAUGUGGAAGAAUGGAAUAUUGGCAAUCUGAACACCCUCUUAGAUAUGGUGGAACAUGAGUGUGGCAUUAUCAUAGAAGGUGUAAACACUCCCUACCUCUACUUUGGGAUGUGGAAGACAACAUUUGCUUGGCAUACUGAGGACAUGGAUCUCUACAGCAUCAACUACUUGCAUUUUGGGGAGCCAAAAUCCUGGUAUGCCAUACCUCCCGAGCACGGCAAGAGAUUGGAACGCCUGGCAAAAGGAUUUUUUCCAGGAAGCUCUCAGGGAUGUGAUGCUUUCCUCCGUCACAAGAUGACCCUCAUUUCACCCUCAAUCUUGAAGAAAUACGGCAUUCCUUUUGACCGGAUCACCCAGGAAGCUGGAGAGUUCAUGAUUACAUUUCCGUAUGGAUACCAUGCUGGCUUCAAUCAUGGCUUCAACUGUGCUGAGUCUACCAACUUUGCCACUUUACGAUGGAUCGACUAUGGAAAAAUGGCAACCCAAUGUACAUGCCGCAAGGACAUGGUGAAGAUCUCCAUGGAUGUCUUUGUGCGGGUUUUGCAACCGGAACGUUACGAUUUAUGGAAACAAGGAAAAGACAUCACUGUCCUGGACCACAUGAAACCCACAGCUCUGACUAGCCCAGAACUGGAUGCCUGGAAUGAGACGAAGACGGAGUUGAAGACUAAACUGCUUCGCAGGAUAGGAGAUGAGGAAGAGGACAACAAACACCGGUCUCAGCGAAAAAGAAGUCAACCCAGAAGACAUAAGACAGAGGAUCAGAAGUCUCUUGGAGAUGUCAUGGCUAUGGAAACUGCCUUGGAAGACGUGAAAGUAAAAGAGGAACUGAAAAGGGGGCCAGACCUAGAGGAAGAGGAGAGAAGCAAAGUGAUUGAGGGAGAAGGUGACUGCAAAGUGAAGGCUCGUCCUCCAAAGGUGAAAGGGGAGAGGAAGAGGAAGCACCUUUUCCACCAACACCAGCACCAUCUACAAGCGCCUCCUCCUCCUCUGCAGCAGCAGCAGCCACCGCUGCCACCACCUCCCGCUGCCCAGCAGCCACUGGCAGAGGGUGAGACAUCGACAGCACGGCCACCAGUGCCCCCAGCAGUGCCCACCUCCACCGCAGCAGGGAAGAGCUUGUCUCCAACUCCCCUCAACAUCAUCCAGCCCUUGGAGGCACCUGUUGAGGAAGAUGACUUUAAACCUCGGCCGAUCAUUCCCAUGCUUUACGUGGUUCCGCGGACCAAAAAGGUGGUGUUUGACAAGGAGCGCAUGUCCUGCCAGCAGGCCUUUGAGCAGUUUGCCACGCAGAAGAGUCCGAGUUGGCAGGAGCCUGCAGUCCCUAUGGAAAUCUCUGGGAAGGAGGAGGAGAAUGUAGAAGCAGAAAAUAGAGAGGUUGCUACAGAAGUCAAUGAUUUACAGACUGCUUCUGCUUUCUCAAAAAUGAAGAUGGAGAUAAAGAAGAGUCGUCGUCAUCCCCUGGGCAAACCCCCAACCCGCUCCCCACUGUCGGUGGUUAAACAGGAGACCUCGAGCGAUGAGGAAACAUUUCCAUUUUCUGGAGAGGAAGACAUGAGUGACCCGGAGGCUUUGAAAUCGUUAAUUUCCCUCCAGUGGAAGAAUAAAGUACCUAAUUUCCCAGCUGAAAGGAAAUUCAAUGCAGCCGCUGCCCUCAGUGAGCCGUACUGUGCUGUCUGUACCCUCUUUUACCCCUAUAACCAGUCCUUACAGAUGGAUAAAGAAGCUGUCCCGGUCUCUGUAGCAGAGACCUCCUCUUUCGUCCACCUUUCCAAGUGUGGACAGAAGACCAAGCCUCUGAUCCCGGAGAUGUGCUUUACCUCAAGUGGAGAAAACACGGAGCCGCUUCCUUCAAAUUCCUAUAUUGGAGAAGAUGGAACCAGUCCGUUGAUAUCCUGUGCCAAAUGCUGCCUGCAGGUUCAUGCUAGCUGUUACGGAAUACGUCCAGACUUGGUGAAUGAAAGUUGGUCUUGCUCACGAUGCUCAGCCAAUGCAUGGGCAGCGGAAUGUUGCCUGUGUAAUCUCAGGGGAGGAGCUCUUCAGAUGACCACUGAUGGGCGGUGGGUCCAUAUAAUCUGUGCUAUUGCUGUCCCUGAGGCCCGUUUUCUCAAUGUAAUAGAGCGUCAUCCUGUGGAUAUUAGUGCUAUUCCAGAGCAGAGGUGGAAACUGAAAUGUGUGUACUGUCGGAAACGGAUGAAGAAAGUGUCUGGUGCCUGCAUCCAGUGCUCCUAUGAGCACUGCUCCACCUCCUUCCACGUCACCUGCGCGCACGCAGCCGGCGUGCCCAUGGAGCCGGAUGACUGGCCCUAUGUUGUGUCCAUCACCUGCUUCAAACACAAAGCAGCUAACCAGAACAUCCCGUUUCGACGGGAGGUGACUCUCGGACAGACUGUGAUCACAAAGAACCGGAAUGGACUCUACUACAGAUGUAAAGUGAUUGGCAUGACUACACAGACUUUCUAUGAAGUAAACUUUGAUGAUGGAUCAUACAGUGACAAUGUUUACCCAGAAAGCAUUAUUAGCAGAGACUGCGUCCAGUUGGGACCCCCUCCAGAGGGAGAGUUGGUUCAACUGCAGUGGACAGAUGGAAUUGUGUAUAAAGCCAAGUUUAUUGCAGCCCAGAUCAGCCAGAUUUACCAGGUUGAGUUUGAAGACGGUUCUCAACUAAUGGUAAAGCGUGGUGAUAUCUACACCUUGGAGGAAGAGCUUCCCAAGAGAGUGAAGUCUCGCCUGUCCCUCAGCACUGGGGCCCCUCAGGAAGAUGUGUUUUCGGGAGAUGAAGUGAGAGCAGCCAAACGUCCCCGGCUGGGGAAUUCACGGAAUCCAGAAGAAUAUGGACAAAACCCAGAUUACUUGGCCUUUAUGGAGAGCCUCUUGCAGACACAGUAUCAGCCUGGAACUCAGAGCAACAUGUUUUAACCAGAUUUAAUAAAAGUUAUUCAAUUAACCCUUUUCAAGUCUGUGGAUAAAUAACCAGGAAACUGUGGAAUCGAAUACCAAGCUUGUGCAAUAGCCUGCUGUGAAUCUCUUUCGUCUGCUCUUGGUUUGGACUGCAAAGAAACCCUGGUCUGGCUGCACACUACCUCUACUUUGCCGGACGAUGCUGACCAACAGAGUAGGGAUCUUGAGAAACCUUCAGACAGCACUUAGAGACUUUGGAAGAGCUUUGUCCUAAGGGGCCUUUGGGACUCACUCCUUUUUCCGAGGCUUGGAAAGGGUUAACAUUUAACAGAGUGACUUUUUACACUAUGUCAAACUCUUUUGUCUUUCAAGGUGCUAUUACACUGACUACUGAAGCAGCCUUUGGAAUCAUCUUUCCUGUACAUAGACGUCACCUUUGUGAAGUUUUCUAUGAAUGAGCAUUAUUAAAAAAAAAAGAAAAAAAUCCAAAAAAUAGGAAAAUGAAAAGUUUCCAAAAAAAGAGAAAGAAAUACAAAAAGUUUUUCUAGAUUAUGGCUUUAAAACAGAAACAAAAUCCUCUCCUCUCCUCCCAUCUGAAAUGUGACAAAUAGAGCGGGGAGAGAGAGGGCAAGAGCAGAUGUCCUGGGAAGUCCUGGGUUCUUUUUGUAAAGAAACACUAUCGUCUUUGUAAGCUGGGGAAGAUGGGCAAAGAAAUGUUUCAUCACUGGGGUGUUUCUUAUCAUGAGUUCUCUUAAAGACCUGUGAUCUGCGUGUUUCUACCCUGUCACCGGGACGGGACUUGGGGGAAGAAAUGGCCAAGUUCUGGUCAUUCUUGUCAUCUUCCUGCCCCAUCUUUGCCAUCACAGUUGCUUUCUAGUUAAAAAUCAGCAUGGCUUUCAGUUCCAAUAUGCCACUCUGUUUUGGCAAGUGUUCUGUUGCUGCUGCUUGUGUUAGUUCCUUUACAAGCCAUCCCCCUUCCCCAGCAGCAGGCUAGAGCAGCGAGGGCUUGCUCUAGCUCUCUGGUAGGCAUGUCUCCCAUAGGAACCUUUUUCUUUUCUUUGUCUCCUAUUUUUUUUAAUUAUUAUUAUUAUUAAUAUUAUUAUUAUUAUUAUUUUUGAGUUGUGCUCCUCACAGUGUGAGAAUCAUUCCAUGACAGAAGCCUGGGAGGUGUUUGUAUGGUUUUUUUUCUUUUAUUCUAUUAAAGAAGAAAUUCCCCAAA